GAUACAACUAGUGAGGAUAGAGAGUGAGUUUGAGUAUUUUGAUAGCAUAUCCUCACUCAAUGGUUGACCACAGGCUGUUGCAGAUGCACCAUGGUUCUUCACGCUUUUCUUCUUCUCAUUGGUAUCUCUUUGGCUGGUGGGAUGGAGAGUGGUAUUAUUGGUGGAAAAGAGGCUAAACCUCAUUCCAGACCAUACAUGGCAUCUAUUCAGAUUAAAAAAUACAACAAACAUCACACAUGUGGAGGGAUGCUGAUCAGAGAGGAUUAUGUACUGACAGCGGCCCACUGUUUCAAUCGCAGUGACUACUCUGGUCGGGACCACUUGGAGGUUGUUCUGGGAGCUCACAACAUCAAGAAGGAUGAGAAGAGCCAGCAGAGAAUCCCAGUUAUAAAAUACAUCCGACAUCCUAAAUUUCAACGUAAUAAUGAGAAGGACUACAGCUAUGAUAUCAUGUUACUAAAGCUGAAGAACAAAGCCAAGCUGAAUAAAUUUGUGAAAGUUAUGCAUCUUCCUAAGAAAAAUGGGAAAAUACCAGCUAAUGUUAAAUGCUCCAUUGCUGGUUGGGGGUCAAUAAACCCAAAAGCAGUAGUGGGGUCAAAUGUGCUGCGGGAAGUCACUCUUAAACUGCAGUUCAGCUUUGAUUGUAAAAACAAGUGGCAGCACUACUUCAACUCAGAGACAAUGAUCUGUAGUGUUUCAGAUGGGAAACAUGCUUUUUGUAAGGUAUUAUAUUAUAUUAAUUAUAUUAUAUUAAUUAUAUUAUAUUAUAUUAUAUUAUAUUAUAUUAUAUUAUAUUAUAUUUUUCUCUGUCCUUCUUUGAUAAUCCUAGACUAA